GGUCUGGGGGGCUGUGUGUUCAUGCAGCUGCAGCGGGCAUCACAUUUCACAUCUGGAGAAAGCAGAUGUUUCGCUGUUUUGAAGUUCUCGCUGGGUUUCCUUGCAGAUUUUAUUUCCGUUUCCACCUCCUCCCAGCCUCACGCCCCCAACACAAACGGUUUUCUCUCUUUUUGUUUUGCUUUGCCUCGAACCCGACGGUUCAGCUCAACUUGGAGACUUGACGAGAGUUGAAUAUUUCAACAAUGGGGGACAUCGAGGCGCCCAGCUCGAGCCAGCGGAGUCAGUCCGUCCUGAAGUCGGUCCUUCCGAGCAAAGAGUUCGCUACUUCAAGGAAAGGAAUGCUGCUUAUUGCUGAAGUGGCACUUUCUUUUAUAUCCUUUGUGUGUUUUGCUGCAUCAGAAGCGUCAGCCUUUGUGACAGUCCCCCUGCUGGCAUUCCUGGCUACUAUCUUCUUCUUGUUUGCCUACUCCACCAAAUUCAAUGAGAGGUUUAAAGGAUUCUGCUUUCCUCUAAUGGACUUCAUAAGGUGUGUGAUAGCCUCCAUUAUCUUUUUCAUCAUCUCUAUCAUGGCAGUGUCCAAAUACCCAGAUGGGUCCUCUAAAGCUGCUGGGAUCUUUGGAUUUAUCGCCACUAUUGUUUAUGCUUUAGACUUUUAUCUCAUUUUUAAUGAGCUUACUGUUUUCCUAAAACAAGGAGGGGAGUCCAACGAGGAGCCUUCAGGACAGAGAGAAGACAAUUCAGACUCAGACUCAGAUUGAAACUCACAAGCAGAUGUGUUCAAUCCAAACUUUUGAAGAAGUGACCACUGCUGGGAUGCCAUCCACGAAGGCCUGCAGGAAUUUCAUCAGUUCACAAUGUCUCACUGAUACAGUAAAAAGCAUAAAUCAAGAUUUCUCUGUAACACUUAUCUCACAAUACUCUGAACUUUGCAUUUGGUUUAGAAAACAAUGGAACUAGUAGCCUCUUCAGCUUUGUACCUAAGCCUGUAUUCUUUUACUUAUCCUAACCCAUUUUAGGGAACCAUUUGAUUUGAUUCGCUUCCCUCAUUAUGCUGUGAAACAGUGCUGUCUCAGUUCACUGAAAAUAUCUGAAUGCUUAAACCUAACAAGGAUUCUUGGGAAUUAUUUGCUUUAAGAUGCAGAAGUGUGCAAAGGUCUUGAGCCAGUCCUAAUUUUUUUGUUAAAUUUUGCUUUGUUUGGUGGAGACUUUGCUGUAAUUUUUCUAAACCUGUUAAUACUUUCACAUUAAAAUAUACGAGAUAUCAUGUAUAAAGUUACAGUGUUACCGAUUAAAAUCAUCAUGUUUGGAUUGUG